AUGAGCUCGAAGGAAGUCAAAGAUCUGUCUAUCACCGUCACAAGUUUCUACAUGAAAUUCGUUGGUUUUUGGCUGACGAAUAAUUAUGCCGAUAAACGUUGGAGGAACAUCGCCAUGUCGAAUACAGUAUUUUUUAUCUUCGUUGCCAUCACGAUCGAGUUGAGGGAUUUGUACUUUACUUGGGGAAAUUUUGAGAUUUUUAGCGCGUGCCUAGUUGGUACAUGCUACCAUUGCUUCGACAAUCUUUUAUUCGUUAUAAAUCUGCACACUGCUAGUCAAUUUCGUAUUUUGCAAUAUAGAUUUUCAAAUAUGUGCAAUAUAAAUGACCGCGAACAUUAUACAACUUUGGAAUCGUACACUGUAGAUAAAUAUGCAACGUUUAAAACUUACGUCAAACAACAUCAAAUGCUCAUUGAAUAUUGUAAUAAACUCGAGAAUGUGUUCAGUGUAAUAGCACUCGUGCAGGUGACACUCUUCAGCUUAUUAAUUUGCCUCGAUGGAUAUUUGAUACUUAUGGUUAGUAGCAAUCGCGUUUCAUCGUCGUAUUUCAUUUACUUUUAUUACAUUUUUUAUAUUAAUUUUGUUCCUUCCACUGAAGAGAUUGCUCGAAUAAAACGUCUUACUUUCAUAUUUCAUGUAAUGGGUUGUAUGUGUCAACUAUUAAUGUUCACGUACAGUUGCAAUUGCUUGAUACAAGACAGCGAAUGUGUGAUGAACGCUACUUACAUGAGUUCAUGGUCGCCCCUGCCGAUGGACAAAUAUGGAAAAAUGUUACGCAAAGAUUUGAUGUUCGUCAUGAUGAGAUCUAGAGCACCCUGUUGCUUGACUGCUUGUGGAUUCUUCGCUGUGUCGCUGGAAACAUAUACAGGAAUUCUAAGUUCUGCGGUGUCAUACUUUACAUUAUUGAGAAAUCACGCGGGCGAUACAUAA